AUGUUUCCUUGGGGCAACGUGUCCUGGGAGCAGAUGUGUCACAUGCAGCAUCAAAUGAUGCUGAUGAUGGGGAAUCAGGGCUUGCCGCAGUCAUCCCUCCCGAGUGGAAACGAUGCAAGGCUCAAGCGGCCUGCAUUCGAGCCUGUCCAUGGCAGCAAGAAGACCAAGGCGACUAAGGCUGAGGAGGAGUCAUUCGAUGAUAGUCAGCAGGAAGCAGGUCGUUCUCCUGAAACCCCUCGCACUCCACCUUCCCCGGCGGAGUCUGCCAAAUCUGCCAAGGAGCUCACUCCCCCGAUGAUCAGGAAGCUUCUCGCGUUAGCAUCUGAGGGUGAAGAUUUGUCCAAGGUGGAAGCCUCAGCUCGCCUGACAGAGCUGGCGAAGCAAGCAGAGCAGCGAUGUGCUUCGGCCCAUCCAACGCCUGCUGCGCCAGCUGAGGCGCUAACUAUGCAAGCAGAUGUUGGGAAGCCUUUCUUUAAGGUUCAGCAAGUGGCAAAAGCUCGGAUGGCUAUCCAAGCCUUGACUGCCGCCAUCGCUGAAGCCGCUAAGAAAGCUUCAGGAGGUCAGCAGGCUUUGCAGAUGCACGUGAAGUUCGUGCAUCCUGUAGGCAAUGCAGCGCAGCUUCGGGCUAAGAUCGAGGCAUUCAACGGGGCUCCGGGGCCUAAGGUGGUUGUGCAGCCAUUGGACGAGGAAACAUGGCUGAAGCCUUCGGCCUCAACUUGGUUUGCCGAGAAGAAAGGAGAUGCUAGGAAUUGUGUAUUUCGGCUCAACUUCCCGAGUGAGGGAGCCUCCCGUAAGGCUCAGGUCAUCUCUUUUCAAGUUGUUGUAGGAAGCCGUGAGUUGACUGUAAAGUCCUCUAAGGCUCUCUGCUCAAAAUUUGCCGGCAACCUUGUCAUGCAGUUUGGCCCUCACUCGAAUGUUAGCGUGCCUAAAGUUGCGUCUGUUGGUAUUGAUCUCGAUGCGUUCUGGGGCAUAAGCGCCUGA